AUGUCUGGCAAGCUCGACCAAGCUCUCGACGACAUCACCCAGGCCCAGCGCCGAAGCGCUCGCCGUCGCUCCAACCCGCGCCGUUCUACAGGACGCCCUGCCGCGGCCGCACCUGUUGGUGGAAUUCAGAAGAACACCAAGCCCGCGCGUGGUGCUGGCGCAAAGCCUGUCCCUACCAAGGCCGCUCCUACCAACAGUGAUAGCAAGAUCAUGGUCAGCAAUCUGCCCAAGGAUGUCUCGGAGCAGCAGAUCAAGGAGUACUUUAUCCAAUCUGUUGGGCCCAUCAAGCGAGUUGAGCUUGUCUACGGCCCCAACUCACAAAGCCGCGGCAUCGCCAACGUCACCUUCCACAAAUCUGAUGGCGCUAGCAAGGCUUUCCAGAAACUGAAUGGUCUUCUCGUCGACAACCGACCUAUCAAGAUUGAGAUCGUUGUUGGAGCCGCUCAGGCUGAUAAGGUUAUCCCUACCGCCAAGACUCUUGCCGAACGUACUACUCAGCCCAAGGCUCAGGCCAAGGCUCAACCCAAAUCCGCUGCUGCUGACAAGCACAACGCCGGCGCCGCCAAGGGCACUGCUAAGGCCGCUGGUAACAAGAAGCGCCGUGGUCGCAACAGCCGUCCCGCGAAGAAGACUCAAGAGGAACUCGACUCGGAGAUGGCCGAUUAUUUUGUCACUCCUGCCCCUGACGCUAACGCCAACACUGCCGCUGCGCCUGCACCUGCGCCGGCUGCCACUGGUGAUGCUGAUAUGGAUGAGAUCGCCUAA